AUGUCUCUAGAAAUGCCUCUAGAAUCUUCUCCCCGCGCCUCUUCACCCGCCAACUCGCCCGCCGCCACGGGCGCGAGCACCGGCCGCCCUUCAUCCCCCGCGCCACCUGGAGGUGCUCGAACUGCUAUCCGACGACGAGCAGCCGCCGACCAGAAGGAGAAGAUCGCCAAUGCGCGGCCCAGUAGCACAAGAGCCGCCGGCGCUGGUGGCAGCAGCAGCACCAUGCUGAGACUCUACACGGAUGAAUCCCCCGGCUUGAAGGUUGACCCCGUCGUCGUCUUGGUUUUGUCUCUGGUCUUCAUCUUCAGCGUCGUUGCUUUACACAUUAUUGCCAAGAUUACUCGCAAGUUCUCAAGCUAG